UGGGUGCGGGCCAGGAUCCAGGGCAGUGAGACGCUCAGCGCCGUCGUCCGCGUCGUGGAGGGCGGCAGCGGCCUCAAGGUGGUGGCUCUGGCGCGGCUGACGCCGAUCCCCUUCGGGCUGCAGAACGCCGUUUUCGCGAUUACAGAUUUGUCACUACCCAACUACCUGAUGGCUUCUUCAGUUGGGCUGCUUCCUACUCAGCUCCUGAAUUCAUACUUGGGCACUACCUUGCGCACCAUGGAGGAUGUGAUUGCAGAACAAAGUGUUAGUGGCUAUUUUAUCUUCAGUUUACAGAUUGUCAUAAGCAUAGGACUUAUGUUUUAUGUCGUUCACCGAGCUCAAGUGGAACUGAAUGCAGCUAUUGUAGCGUGUGAAAUAGAAAUGAAGACAUCGCUUGCUAAAGACAGUCAACCGAGCAUCAGUGGUUCAACCACAUACUGCAACAAAAGGACAGUAGCAUUCUCUGGAGGAGGUGUCAAUAUUGUGUGAUUUCAAGUAUUAAUAAAGUAAGGUUUUGUGAACCUAA